AUGGUCAAUUCAAACCUACCUUCUUCCACAGCCUUGUCAGAAGCGACAGAAAAUCUAGGUCCAGACACGGAUACAGCCUCGGCGACUUUAGCUCACAUACUGUGGGCUUUAGGAAGUAAUCCUGGAUUUCAAGAAGAGCUGUUCCAGGAUCUUGCCGUGGUGAGUUUUUCCACGGAUAUGACAACUUUAGAGGGUAUACCCAGAUUACGGGCCUGUGUAAAAGAAGGCAUUGGAUGGACUGGUGCAGCUGCCGCCAUGCUUCCUCGUCUUGUACCUGAGGGUGAAGUAGAAUUCUAUGUGCACUUUUUACCGGAAAAGACAGUAAUCAGCUCAUCCCCAAUUUGGUAUCUUCACAAUUCAGUCGCAUUUCUAAGGCCAAAAGAAGUUGAUCCGUACCGAUGGCUUAUGUCUGAUGGAUCGAAAGUUAGAGAUGAUCCUCAACGGGAUAAGUUCUACAUACCAUUCUCCAAGCGUGCGAAUAUUUGCAUGGGCGCAUACCCUAGAGUAUUCCGGCCUGUCGAAUUACCAAAUCGAAGAGCGUCGGUUGCGGCUGUACCCAUUGAACGUUUAGUGGUAGCGCUUGAACCAAGGUUGUGA